AUGAAAACAAUUGGUCGUCUAGACGUACUAACAUUGUUUGUUCUUUCCGAAAUACGCCAAAAUAUUGUUAGGUUGGAAAAACCAUUGGUCCUAUAUGAUUUGAAAACCUCGAUCAUUUGGGAAGCAAAAGCUAAUGGCAUUAAGGGUUGGCUUAACAUGAGAGAUCGUUCUCAGAUUUCGCGUUCUGCAUCUUUUGGUAUUGGAGUUUAUGUUGGUAUCUAUCUGGAUCAAAAUCGUCAGAUUCAAAUGGUCUCUUCACCGAAAGAAUUAUUUAGUCGUUUUUUGGACGAAGCUGAUCACUUCCUAACUGGUGUUCGUGAGGAAAAUACGAGUAACCGGGAUCAGGUGAGGAAGAUGGAAGACGAUUUCUUCAAGGAUGUAGAGGAUUGGUUCAAACCGAAGAAGCAUUUUCCGUAA